GCAAAGCAAUGAACUUUCCCUUUAUAUUCUCUCCAUCUCCUCAAACAUUUUUCCAUACAUUUCAUAAAACUUUUUCUUUUCUGAAUUUUGGUCUUCAUUCUUCAUCAUAUAGUAAACUCAUCACUUCUCUAGAAACACAAUUUAAUUAAGUGAUUGAUCAGUUGUAAUAAUCCUAGUUCUUAAUGGUCAUGGAGCUUCUUGAUCAUCAUGGUAGGCCUAUAAUAAUCUGCCUCUUGUUGGUGAUUGUGUUGUCAAGACCCUUACAAGGGUACAAAUUCUAUGUUGGUGGGAAAGAUGGUUGGGUUCUGAAUCCUUCUGAGAGUUACAACCAAUGGGCGGAAAGGAACAGGUUCCAAGUCAGUGACACAUUGGUGUUUAAGUACAAGGAGGGAUCAGAGUCAGUGUUGGAGGUGAAGAAAGAAGACUAUGAGAAAUGCAACAAAAAGAAGGCAAUAAAGAAACUAGAGGGGGGAGAUAGUAGUGAGUUCCAAUUUGAUAGGUCAGGUCCAUUCUACUUCAUUAGUGGGAAUGAUCAUAAUUGUGAGAAAGGUCAGAAGCUUAUUGUUGUGGUGUUAGCUCAAAGACCACCACCACCACCUCCUCAAAAUACACCAAAAUGUCCUCCUCCUUCACCAAUUCAUAAUCCUCCCUAUGUCACUCCACCACAAGCUCCUUCUCCCGGACAUAACAAUCAUCAUCCCAACCCUCCAUAUACCCCAAUAGUCCCCCCAAAAACACCUUCACCAACUCCACCACAAGCUCCCUCCCCUGGCCAUAACCCACCGUAUAUUACUCCAACACCACCACAAGCACCUUCCCCUGUUCCACCAUAUGUUACCCCAACUCCACCACAAGCUCCUUCUCCUGGACAUAACAAUCAUCAUCCCAACCCUCCAUAUACCCCAAUAGUUCCUCCAAAAACACCUUCACCAGAAGCACCCUCCCCUGGCCAUACUCCAAUAGUUACUCCAACACCACCACAAGCUCCUUCCCCUGGCCAUACUCCAAUUAUUCCACCAUACGUUACUCCAACUCCACCGCAAUCUGCUCCUUCCCCCGGCCAUAACAAUCAUCAUCCUAACCCUCCAUACACUCCAAUUGUUCCACCAUCACCUGGUAACACUCCAUAUGUUCCAACACCAAGAUCAUCACCUUCUCCAUAUGUACCAACGCCAAUUUCUCAACCACCUUAUCAUACUCCAACUCCACCACAGGCUCCAUCCCCUGCUCAUAACAAUCAUCACCCUAAUCCUCCAUAUGUUCCAUCACCAAUUUCUCAAGCUCCUUCCCCUGCUACCAACAACAACCAUCACCCAAACCCACCAUAUGCUCCACCAAACCCUCCAAAAACACCAUCACCGCUUUCUCAGCCUCCCUAUAGUGCUGCUGCUCCAACGCCAACAUCAUCACAACCACCAUACAAUACUUCCCCUGUUUCGCAACCUCCCACCGGCACGGGAACUGCACCCAUAGGCUCACCACAGUACUCUCCAACAGCGCCAUCACCUUCAGUUUCAACUCCAUCACCGGCGUCUGCUACGCCAUCACCACCCUCACCGUCACCCUCCAUUUCUCCAUCCGCUGCGACUCCUCUCGCUUCCCCAUCUUCCUCUCCAGGAGCAGCAACUCCUGCAGCCACGCCGGCGUCGUCUUCGAACGAAACGACACCAGCAACGCCAAACGGGAAACCUUCGUCGUCUGGAUGGGCUGCAAAUCCAUCACCAGUUUCGGUUAAUUCAGCCAUCGCCAUUUUCGUCGCUGCCGCACUAAGCACUAUUAUUGCCUAGAUAAUCAUUAAUUAACGAGAGUUAAUUAAUUAAUUAGCGUUCGUAAAUAAUCUUCUGCAUGCUCAUUGUUACUUCUUUUUAAAAGAAUUUUUGGAUAUAUAAUUUGUGAUUUUUUUUUUUGGGUAACUAUUGUUAUUUUGGACAUAAUUAAAGAGACAUAUAUGUGUAUGUAUAAUGUGACUUGGAGUUUGAUUAUUUGGAGUGUCGAAUUCUUUGGUGGUUGCAAUAACAUGCAGAUCAUAUAUAAAUUUGGAUUUUUUUUUU